UAUUUCUUCCCGCGCCGGUCGUGCCAUGUGGUGAGCCGCGCCAUGACGCGUCAAGCUUCGAAGGGGUCCAACGCAAGUGGUGGAUCAAAAGGUUCCAGAGGCUCCUCCUCUCAUGGCCUGGAGGGUAUCGUCGCUCGAUCCAUGUCGAAGAUCUCCAGCUCCUGCUGUUGUUUCAUCGCCUUGGAGCAGCUUCGCUCCCCACGCCGAGACCCGCGGCGCCGAAACUCGCAGCUGUUGUCCAGCGUGAUUCGGCACCGCAUGCUGAGCACACGGAAAUCGGAAAACCAGGACAUUCACUCAUUACUUUUGUGUCCUGACCCCUCGCGGCGCCUGGAACGCUCCUACGGCUCCCCGAAACCCUUGGGCCAUGGCGGCUUUGGACACGUCUACCGCAUGCGGCAUCGGAUGAGCGGAGAUAUUCGAGCAAUCAAAGUGAUUAAGAAGCCUUCGGACAGCUCGGAGGAACUUCAGAGUAUCUCCAACGAGGUCUAUGCGCUUUUGCAGCUGGAUCAUCCCAACAUCGCGAAGCUCUUCGAAUAUUUCGAGGACCGACAGGCGAUCUAUGUCGUCACGGAGCUUUGCACAGGAGGAAACAUCGGGGAGCUCGAUGCACAGGUAGAUGAUUGGGACGAAAUUCGGCUAUUGUUCCGAGACGUCGUUCGGGCCAUUGCAUAUUGCCAUUCCGAAGGAAUCGCACACAGAGACCUGAAGUUCGAUAACUGCUUGAUCACCGAUUGCAGCGAGCGUCGCUGCGGGCGCAUGGCGAAGGUCAUUGACUUUGGCCUUGCUGGCUUCGCUAAAGGAGCGGAAGGUGGGACCAUGAAUGAGGUGGUCGGAACCCUGUAUUUCUUAGCCCCAGAGGUGUUGAAGAGUCAAGAUCCGAUGAACCGCUAUGGUUUGGAGUGUGACCUUUGGUCUCUGGGAGUGAUGCUCUUCGUCGUGCUGACCAAUGAGCAUCCCUUCUGUUCCACCGCCGCAGGCCCGGCCGACGCCUACCGUCGCAUCUCCAAUGGCGCGCUGCGCGUGUCGUGCCUGCGCAACUGCGGGGCACUGGCCAUUGAAUCGGAGGACCUGUUGAGGUCGCUGCUGGUCAAGGAGCCUUUAAACCGCUGCACCGCCGCCGAAGCGCUGCUACAUCCCUGGCUGCAGCCGGCGGGCGAGUCGCCGCAUCAUGGGAAAACGGAACCCAGGACGGAGAAGUUGGACAGUCUGGUGGAGCGCAUCUUGUCGUUCUCUCGCUUCUCUCGCUUCGAACAGGCCAUCCUAACAGUGGCCGCGCACGAAGCACGGCCCAGGGAUGUGGAGGAACUUAUGGAGGUGUAUUCCAUUUUGGACGUGACGCAAGCAGGCUACAUUUCCCGGGAUGACUUUCGGCGUGCCUUGAAGGUGAGUGACGUGCGGAUGUCUAAAAUGGAAACUGAUGCCGUCUUAGAUUCGCUGGACCCAGAUAAGGAUGCCAAGAUCCAACUGACGGAUUUCCUGGCGGCAACUCUGAAGCCUUCGCACGUGAAGUCUGAGAAAGUGCUGGAGGAGCUCUUCAACUUCUUCGACUUCCACGGCACGGGAUUGAUCAGCCACGAAGAUCUCAAGCAGGUCCUGGGCCAAGAGCUGGCCUGUCACGUGGCCGUGCAAGCACGUGCAGAUGCGCAGGGCGUUAUUUCCAAAGAUAACUUCAAGGUCUUUCUCCUCAAGGCCAUGGACAAGUUAGAACUACAGAUUCAGAACGAGAAAUCCUUAGCGGCCAUGAUGGUCAUCAAGUGAGCCCGUGCUUAUGCCUGCAGUCAGCCAUUGCAGUCAGCAUUGCGUCCCAUGUCUGCGGAGAAAAUUCGCAGAGUUCUGGGACCUAACCGGUGGUGAAUCUGUUACCCAUGGAAUCCCAUGGGCUUUUGGAGGUCGCACAGGUGGCCAGUCCGAC